CAAAGAGACGCUAAGCUUAGACUUGACGCACUUGAAAAUAACGCUACCGGCCAGUUUAUAUAUACAGUGCUCAGCCUCUUUCCACCUUUUUCAUUACGUGAAAACAGAAAAGCCAACUUUUAGGCUGCAACGGUGGUGGCUUUCGAAUUCCGGCGUGAUUUCUCUCUCUCUUCCCUCGUCUCCGUCGAUUCAUUAUCGUAAUUCAGGCUAGAGUCGUGAAUAUAUAGAAGAAGAUGUUUGGUUCUUCUAAUCCUUUUGGACAGUCAUCUAGCAGCAGUCCUUUCGGGACCCAAACACAACCUGUGUUUGGUCAGAACAAUAACGCAAGUAGUAAUCCCUUUGCUCCUAAACCGUUUGGUACUUCUACUCCUUUUGGUGCACAAACGGGGAGCUCCAUGUUUGGGGGUACUUCUACCGGUGUGUUUGGUGCAACUCAAACCUCCUCGCCUUUUGGUGCUUCAUCACAAGGGUUUGGGAGCUCUACUCCAGCCUUUGGAGCAUCUUCUGCUCCUGCAUUUGGCAAUUCGGCUUCACCUUUUGGUGGCGCUUCUACAUUUGGACAGAACUCUUCUGGCUUCUCAACGCCUCAGUCAAAUCCUUUUGGAAGCACCACACAGCAAUCACAGCCUGCAUUUGGAAACAGCACUUUUGGCUCAUCUACACCUUUUGGUGCCUCUAGUACGCCUGCCUUUGGCGCAUCAAGCACGCCUGCUUUUGGCACGUCACCCACUCCUGCCUUUGGCAACAAUACUUUUGGUUCAAACCCUUUUGGUGCAUCAAGCACACCUGCUUUUGGUGCAUCAAGCACUCCUGCGUUUGGGGUAUCAAACACUCUUGCUUUCGGGGCACCAAGCACUCCUUCUUUUAGUUUUGGCUCCUCCCCAGCUUUCGGACAACCUAACUCAACAUUUAGCUCUACGCAAUCUCCCUUUGGAUCUCAAGGUGCACAGGCUUCGUCUCAAUCACCUUUUGGGGUUCAACAAGGCGGUAGUAGGGUCGUGCCUUAUGCACCCACAACUGAUCCAGAGACGGCCACUGGAACUCAGGCUCCUGGGAAGCUACAAUCUAUAUCUGCCAUGACUGUACACCAAAAUAAAAGCCAUGAGGAGCUUAGAUGGGAGGACCACCAGCAAGGAGAUAAAGGUGGACAACGUCCUGCAACUUCUCCAUUUGGUGUACCGAAUACCGCAAACCCUUUUAGCCAGCCAGCUGCAAAUCAAACAAACGCCUUCUCAAGCUCAAAUCCUUUUAGCCAGCCAGCUGCUAAUCAAACAAACGCCUUCUCAUCAAACCUUUUUAGCCAGACAUCUUCAAAUCAAACCAGCGCCUUUUCAAACCCAAACAUUUUUAGUCAGCCAUCUGCAAAUCAAACAAACCCCUUUUCAAACCCAAGCCCUUUUAGCCAGCCAUCUGCAAAUCAAACAAACGCCUUUCCAAGCCCAAACGCUUUUAGCCAGCCAUCUUCAAAUCAACCCAACGCCUUUUCAAACCCAAACCCUUUUAGCCAGCCAUCUGCAAAUCAAACAAACGCCUCCUCAAGCUCAAACCUUUUCGGCCCGAAGACUCCAACAUCUACACCAAACUUUACGUCAGCCUUUGCUCAACCCUCUACCUCAUCCAUAUUUGGAACAAAUUCAUCAAACGCCACAUCCGUUUUUGGACCAACCAGCACUCCUGGAUUUACUUCAACAAGCAGGUCUGCAUUUUCAUUUAACAGUAGUGGAAAUUUUAACAACAGUCAGUCGUCGCCACUGUUUAGCUCAAACCCUUCACCUUUCCCGACGAACAAUCCAACGUUUCCCCAACCUAGCAAUUUCAGUACACCAUCCACUGGAAUGGCGAACGUCUUUACAAGCACUCCAUCCUUCAAUACAAGCAGCUCUCCCUUUAGUCAAACAACGCCUACCAGUUUGACAACCUACCAACCAGCUCAGCCAUCUCAACCAUCAGCUGCUUUUAGUUUCAACAACCAGGCUCAAACCCAGCCAGCUCAACCAGGUGCUUUUAAUUUCAACAUCUCGAGUCAAACCCAGCCAGGUGGAAUGUCAUCUUUUACUCAAGGCAACUCAGGGCCUGCGACGGCUAACACUACUGUCAUGCAACCAAACCCUAUUGCAAACCCAUUUGGAACGCUUCCUGCUUUACCUCAGAUGUCACUUGCUCAAGGUGGAAAUUCACCUUCGCUUCAGUGUGGAAUCUCCAGCAUGCCUGUCGUUGAUAAACCUGCUCCUGCUAGAGUAUCACCACUCUUGACCUCUCGACACCUUUUACAAAGGCAUGUCAGGCUACCCGCAAGAAAAUACCGUCCUGGAGAUGAUGGACCAAAGGUCCCAUUCUUCGGUGAUGAACAAGAGAACUCCAAUACACCAAAGGCUGAUGCGUUUUUCAUUCCAAGGGAAAAUCCUAGAGCUUUGUUCAUACGCCCAGUUGAAAAGGAGAAAUCAGCACCGCCAAUGAAUGGCCCGAGCCCACUGCAGGAGAAUGGUAAGAGUUCAAAUGGGGUUACUACUAAUGGAACCAACCACGAGGGUAAUGACAAAGCUGAAACUCGUGAAGCUCCUCCUCCGGCCAAAGCCAUUCAGAAACCGAAUGUGACACACGAAAACCACAGAGGCGGCGACAAAAACGGUUCAAAGAGUUCAACAAGUGGAGCAGAGAUCGAGUCGGUGUUGCCAAAGCUGCGUCACGCUGAGUAUUUCACAGAGCCUCGGAUCCAAGAGCUAGCUGCAAAGGAACGGGUCAACCCGGGUUAUUGCGGGCGGGUUAAGGACUUUGUUGUCGGGAGACAUGGUUACGGGAGCAUAAAGUUUCUAGGAGAGACUGAUGUGCGUAAGCUCGACCUAGAGAUGUUGGUUCAGUUCAACAACAGGGAAGUGGUUGUGUACAUGGACGAGAGCAAGAAACCUCCGGUUGGUGAAGGAUUGAAUAAGCCUGCGGAAGUAACUCUGCUCAACAUAAAAUGUAUCGACAAACAGAGCGGGAAGCAAGUGAAGGAAGGACCGAGAGUGGAGAAGUACAAGGAGAUGUUGAAGAGGAAAGCUGAAGAACAAGGAGCUCAGUUUUUGUCUUUUGAUGCUGUGAGUGGCGAGUGGAAGUUUAAGGUCGAGCAUUUCAGUUCUUACAUGCUUGGCGAUGAAGAUGACGUGUAGAGAAGAUCUGAAAGUCGUCGACUGUCUUGUUUUUUUGUUGGUUUUUGGGUUUGUCUAAUACCAAAAGUCGUUAUCUUUAGACUUUAACUAUAUAUAAUGUGAAAAAUGAUUUAGUCUUUUGCUGAUCUCUCUUUUUUCAGCUUUAUUAGGAAUUCAUUAGUUGUUCACACAAAUCGGUUGUAACAAAAUUAACGAAAGAUUUAUUAAUAUCAAUAAAGAACCGACGAAUCCAAGAGUGA